UUAGGAACGACGGAAAAUGAUACUUGGAUUGCUUGAUUCUUUCUGGUUAAAUAGUGCGCGGAGAAGGUGAAAAAUGGCUAAGACUUCUGAAAAGAAGGGAAAGAGUGCUAUCAAUGAGGUAGUGACUCGUGAAUACACUGUGAAUCUUCAUAAGCGCCUUCAUGGUGUUGGAUUUAAGAAGCGUGCUCCACGAGCCAUCAAGGAGAUCAGGAAGUUCGCAGAAAAGCAGAUGGGUACACCUGAUGUUAGGAUAGAUACGCGUCUCAAUAAGCAAUUGUGGUCAAAAGGCAUCAGAAAUGUUCCCUUCAGAGUUCGUGUAAGAUUAAGCAGGAGGAGAAACGACGAUGAGGAUUCUGCAAACAAGUUGUAUACUCUUGUAACAUAUAUAUCUGUUUCGUCAUUCAAGGGACUCCAAACUGAGAAUGUAGAUGCUAGCCAAGAUUAAUGGAUUUCUGUAUAAUAAAUAAUGAUGAAACUCA